AUGAGACAGGGACUCCUGAGUGGCACACGCCCACCCCCGCCCACCGCCACCAACACCGACGCCUGUCCAUGCCACGGCCCGAGGUAUGCGCUGGUCCGCCGGGACACGUCCAGCCUCGGCCUCACUUGGCAUUCCCCGGAUGCCUGCGGGCAAGUCAAACACUGUAAGAUGGGCUGGGGCUCGGGGGGCUGGGGUGCCCAGAGUGGGUAUGUGGGCAUUGUGAAUGGCACAGUAGCAAAAGAACACUCCAGACCCUACAUGGUCUCUGUGCAGAAAAAUAAGGGACAUAUCUGUGGUGGCUUUCUGGUGUCUGAGUCAUUUGUCAUGACUGCAGCUCAUUGUAUCACUUGGGGAGUGAAUUUGACUGUUAUGGUAGGGGGACAUGACAUUACAAACCAGAAAAGUGGAACAAGGAUACCAGUGAAAUACUACCAUAUCAACCCUGGACACAAUGUUAAGCCACUUCUCAAUGACAUUGCACUUCUACAGCUGGCAGAAGGAGCAAAACAGUCCAACUCUGUAAAAUGGAUCUCUAUUCCUAAGAAAGACAAAGACAUCAAAGGGGCAGAGGUUUGUAGUGUGGCCGGAUGGGGGGCAACAAAAACCAAUGGGCCUGUAAACAAUCUCCUUCUCCAGGCAGAUGUGGUUAUCGUGAAAAGAAAAGAGUGCAAGCAAUACUGGAAUGAUUUUUUCAGUGAAGGAAUGCUUUGUGCGAGAGGUAAAGCAGGCUUUUGCCAGGGUGACUCUGGAGGCCCUCUGGUCUGCAAGAACAAGGCUGUGGGAGUAGUGUCGUUCAAUGAGAAAAAUAAUUGUAACAAGCCAAAAAAGCCAAAUGUCUACACAAAAAUAUCAGCAUAUCUGCCAUGGAUAAAGAGUAUUUUAAAGAGUGUCAAACACUGA